AAUGGCGGCCUCCGUGACGGAUUCAACUCUUUUGGAUGUGGCAAAGGAACCGCAUGAAAACGAAGAGCCCAUGGAUGAAGAAACAAUGUACAGAAAGCUACUGAUGCAGGCUGCUGAGAUGCAAGGCCUUGACCCCAAUGCGUCCACCCCAACCUACCACAGAGUAAAGCCAGAGCCAGGCUUCUGCAUUAAAACGAAGAACGGCAAGAAGGAGAAGGUCUUCAUCAAUGUCUGUGUGUCAUUUGAGCUUCCAGCUCCUUUAGACAUCACAGAGGGAGAGUUGGUAAAAAUCCUUGAAUCUGAUGAGCCAAACUACAGGGUACCACUAAGUAUCGGUGAAGGACAUGCAGAAGUGGACAAAAGUGGGAAAGGCUGCAUUGCUUAUGAUGUUCUCAUCAACACAAGCUUUUAUGAGAAAGUGCAGAAGAGCGACGUUUUUAAAGGUUUCUUGAUGUCUGUCAUCUUUGAGGGUCUGGAAAACAAAUACCAAAUUCUGCUUGACAGAAAUUGGAUACAGCUUAAGAACAGAAAGAGUCUCGGAAACCUCAAUGAGCACAAUAUCCGGACCAAAUCAAAACCCAGGAUCCUCGAGAUGGAAUCGGCCGAUGGGAACAGCCCAGGCACAGGCACUCAGGAGAAGCCCAGGGCUCCCUUGAUCACAGAGGUGGACAGCCCUCAGACAGUGGUCAAUGCCUCCCCGAAGCCGGACUACACCAUCAUGAGAGAGCCCGCCGAGGGGCAUCCUGAGUUCCUAGUGGUUGAGAUUAAACUACCUGGUGUGAGAACAACGAAGACGCUGAGUCUCGACCUCGGCGAGGAUCGAGUACUUCUCCAUGCCCAUCCCAACCUCUACCACCUUGACAUUUAUCUGCCCUUCAGUGUCGACGCUGAGGAGAGUGGGGCACAGUUUAACAGAGAUAACAAGAUCCUGACACUGACACUACCUGUGCUUCCCCUGUCCAGAUAAAAAAAGAGUACCAUUUGCUUUACCCUGCCCCCUUCCAGGCUGGCUAGGAUAUCUGACAAUUGCAGGUGGACAGGUGCAGAUGGAUAGGAGCGGUGGACACCUAGGUUAUUUUCCAAGUAAGAAUAGGCGACAAUGUUCCGGAAGAUAUUCAUUGUUUCAAGUUGCCUUGUAAUGGUAGGAGUAACACUGGAAAGUAACAUGGGACCGAAACCUCACUUGGGACCUAGGGGAUUAGAUUUGUUGGAGCCCUCAUAACCCCGUUCAGUGGUGACAUUUGUCGGUUCCACACUUGAAUGUCUUUGCCAGUUGUACACAUGAAGAUCCUACCGGCUUGUGCACAUUUCGUACGAAAACUAGUUCAGUGUACUUGGCGUCAGACCGAGUACAUACAGUAUACUUAACUAUACUGGUGUGUCAGGUCCAUGAAAUCUAUUACUUAGAAAACCUGCCUUCUCAAUCAUGCGAAGAAUGCACACUGAGUUCUAUGAUAGUCUUUUCAGUUUCAUGGAAUUUUAUUGUGUUAUUUUUGUUUCGUUGAAAUAUUGUUUUAUAUUGGAAAUUAAAUUUAUAGACUUUCAUGUACAACUGUACAUUAUGCCAAUAAAGGCAACUUGUUAUUAAAAAAAAGUUUUUAAAGACUUUCUGUUGACAGUUUUAGUGGGAUGUGAACCUGGGGAAGGAGAGGCCAACGAAAUAUAUUACUCUUUUUGCUAAAAUAUUUGGGUUUCACACACAUUUCACAGCAUUUAUUCAUGUUUAGUUUGUGCUAUGUUUGUAAUGGGUCCCUCCUGGAAGGGAAUAUGUUUCCAGUAACUUUGAACCUGAGUUUUAAGGUUUGCAAAAAUGCCCUGCUAAGGCACUUCAGGCUCUUAUCUAUUAUCAGUGAAGCCAGAAACUGCAUAGUAGGAGUUACUCCUAAGGAAUUUCAAUAGAAGACUCUUUUCACUGAGAAUGGAAUAUGAGAGGUAUCUUUCCCAGAGAACAGGUUUAAUUUCCCUCUAACUGGCUCUAGUGGGUCUCAGUUCUGUACAGAGGUAUGAGAGUUAUCCCCGAGUUCACAAGCCGUGACUUCAAAAGUGUGAAAAGCAUUAGGCUGCUAGCACCUGAUAAGGGUAGCAGCCCCCUUGAAGGCUACCUACCCGAGGUGUGAUGGCUUUCUAAAAGGAUCUAAGAUUUCCUUGUCUUAAGAAGGCAUCUUAAAAGUUGGAAUGGUUCCAAUGCUCAGUUGGGCACACUGGCCAUUUCACUUGUUAUGGUCAGUGUUCCCAGCCGAAUGUAAGAAUGGCUGCCGUUGUGGGAACGAUCUGUUGGACCGUUCCAUGCUUUUUCCUACCUCUAGUUUUGUGCCAUUUUGUAAACGAAAACCAGAGUUUGUGGCAUCACUGUCUUCGUCAAGGAUGCAUGCCUAAGGAAUACAAUUAUUAGAUGGACACACAAUGCCCAAUUACAGGUGUCCCUAUUUGCACUGUUCCUGUUCCCAGCCGACUGUUCCAAGGGCAUAUGUGCCCCAUGCAACGGCUUAACCGUUCCACUGGAACACGGAACAGUGUCUGUGCUGACAGGCAAAUAGACCGUUCUAGAGAAAUGCAGGAGUGAUCUGAUGAACAGUCCAACGGCACAUUCCCAUUCCGCUUUUUGAGAUGCUCCUUAAAUCAGAGCAGAUCCCCUCACAGGGUGUCAUACACUCUCCCAGGUUACGGCCUGUCCAAGUAUAUCAGCCCAGCUCGGGGAGCAAGGGCCAGUGUAAGGGAAAGCACUGAUCGGAGCUAGUAGCUCUUGACUGUGGCUACCAUGUGUCUAAGAAUGCUCGACUGCCAGCCACCUAAAACAUUUCAUGUGUCGAAAUGAGCUGUCUCACUAUCGCAGGGCAUUUCAUCAUGCUGCUUGGAUUCUGCCAGAUAUUCUAGUAGAUGGUCCAUGUGACUUGUUUGAUGUGGGACUGCUGGCCUUGGAUCUCCUCCAGGGCUUGUCUUGAGCGAUCUGCAUUCAUCAUGCGGGGAGAAUACAAGGAGAAAAGUUAAGCUCACUAUUAAACGACAAUCCGGUACAAAACAUGAUAUAAUUAUUUCCAUGUGUGAUUACUUCCCUUGCACUUAUCUAUGUUGUCUUCUUAGGUUUGUCUAAAGCAACAGACAUAACUUUCUUGACUUGAGCCAAUUUACCCCAAUAUGCAACGACUUUUCUUAACUAUUUACUGCAGUAUCAACUUCACAUUGUACAACUAACUGCGUUGUCUUUGCAUUCCAUUGUGGGAUACUUCCCAUUAAAGUAACCAGCUUUGCAGGUUGGUUACUUUGGCCAGGCCGGAGUACGUGUCAAAUCUAAUGCAGUCGCUCUCAGACUGCUCCUUACUUUUCUAAUUCACUAGACGUAGAAGACUCACCUGUGAUACAAGGGCAGCCAUGGAAUAAUAAAAUGGAAAUCCGUGGACAGAAUUGUA